UUUGUUCCUUUCUACCAUUCACUCACUAUUUUCUUUCUUCAAUUUUCUCUGUUUCUUUUGACGGAACAGAAACAUUAUGGUUGUUGAUGAUACAGUGAAGAUGAGCAUUAUGAUCGUCUAUGGAGGUUACUCUUCGUCUCGAUUCCUCGAUGCGUAUCCCAAAAGCUGCUUUGGUAAAAAUUGAAAAAACAAACAAAAAAAAUUCCAAGUUUUUGAUGGACUUGAUGUUUUUGAUUCAGUGUUUUCCACCUGUGUUUGGAGGAUUUCGAGAGAUUUUGGGGUUGGGUUUAGAUAUAGUUUUUCUAUAGCGUCUUGUUUAAAUCUCUUUCUCUCUCUCAUUUGGUAGAGAUUGAAGAGAUUUUUUUUUAAUUUUUUAUUCUUUUUUGUUGGGUAUUUGUUUGUAUAAGUUGUUUCCUUUUAUAUAUUUAUUAUUAGUUUUUUUUUUUCCCCUUUCCUUUUAAAGAUCUUAUCUUUAUUUUUUUUUUUUUUUCUUCUAGUUGUAAGAUAUAUUAUUUAUUGUAUUUUGAUUUUGUGUUGUGGGUGUGUGGGGAAUGUUAUUUGAUUGAGGAAUAAUCUAGGGUUUUGAUGGAAGGGAGUUAUUGUGGAGAUUGAUAGAUAAAUGAUUAUGAUCAAGGUGUUUACAAGGUUGUUUUCUUGAAUUUUUUCUUGGAAAAUUAUGGAAAUAUCAUUCAAACUACCAGCAACAACGAUACCCACGGAGGAAACAAGCUGAAGUAUGGGAGAUUCUCUUCUUACAGCCUUGUCAAUGGAGAAUCAUCACCCAUCUACCCUCUUAUCAAUGGAUUCCAGCGCCUCCUCUCACGACGAUUUGGAUUUGGAGAUGAAUCGCCAAAUCAUUCUUCCCCGUCCACCAGAUAUCAAUUUACCACUGUCAGCUGAGCGUAGCCCGCCUCCACAGCCGUGGAAUUCAGAGACGUGUGAUAUUUUAGAUGUGGGUCUCAGUUCUCAAGUUUAUGAGCCUGAAACUUACCUUAAUAUCCCCAAGGUUGGACGAAAAUGUGCCAAGCGAGUUGAUAGUAUUUGGGGUGCUUGGUUUUUCUUCAGUUUCUAUUUUAAGCCUGCGUUGAAUGAGAAAUCAAAGGCCAAGAUUACGAGGGACAGCAAUGGUGUUUCGGGGUUUGAUAAAUCUGAUCUCAAGCUUGAUGUUUUUAUGGUUCAACAUGACAUGGAGAACAUGUACAUGUGGGUUUUUAAGGAGAGACCUGAGAAUGCAUUGGGCAAGAUGCAACUGAGGAGUUACAUGAAUGGACAUUCUCGCCAAGGUGAGCGCCCGUUUCCGUUUAGUGUGGAUAAGGGAUUUGUUCGAUCGCACAGGAUGCAACGGAAGCAUUAUAGGGGACUGUCAAACCCUCAGUGUGUGCAUGGAAUUGAGGUUGUUUCAUCACCCAAUCUUAUGGGUCUCGAUGAGGAGGAGCGAAAGAGGUGGAUGGAACUCACAGGAAGGGAUCUGAAUUUUACGAUUCCACCUGAAGCUAGUGAUUUUGGCUCGUGGAGAAAUCUCCCGAACACAGAUUUUGAGCUUGAGAGGCCUCCUCCCAUAAAGAGUGCCUCAAACUCCCACUCAAAGAAGCUGCUAAAUGGUUCUGGGCUCAAUUUGUCAACUCAGCCAUCCAGCCAUAGCAAUGGUGAUGGGAUGGACCUAUCACCCGUCAGCAGCAAAAGGAGGAAGGACUUUUUCCCGCAUGGGAAUGAUGAUGAUUGUUAUUUGGCCGUUAAUCCACCUGCUGAUCGUGUUUCUGAGAUGGAAAUUCACCCUAAUGAGCCACAGUGGUUGAAUGACUUCAGUGGGGUGUUGAAAAAUGUUUAUGGCCCUGUUACUGCUGCCAAAACAAUUUACGAAGAUGAAAAAGGUUAUUUAAUUAUUAUCAGCUUGCCAUUUGUGGAUCUUCAGAGGGUGAAGGUUUCCUGGAGGAAUACUUUGACUCGUGGGAUUAUAAAGGUGUCUUGUGUGAGCACAUCACGUAUGCCAUUUAUCAAAAGACAUGAUAGGACUUUCAAGCUUACAGAUCCUGCAUCUGAGCAUUGCCCUCCCGGUGAGUUCAUCAGAGAGAUCCCACUUUCAACUCGAAUCCCUGAAGAUGCAAACAUUGAAGCCUACUACGAUGGACCGGGAUCUCUGCUUGAGAUUAUGGUUCCAAAGCUCCGGGUAGGCCCAGAAGAACACGAGGUUCGUGUUUGCUUACGUCCUCACCUUGGAGGAAAUGAUCUUAUGUUGACCUGAAAAUAUAGGG